AGAGUUUAGCACAGGCAGUGCAGAAGAGUGUCGUGUCCAAUUGAAGCAUCAGGGGGAGUUCUAGUUCUCUGACCAUGUCCCAGAAGGAUCCCUGCCAGAAACAAGCCUGUGAAAUACAGAAAUGCUUGCAAGCUAACAACUACGUGGAGUCCAAGUGCGAAGCUGUGCUGCAGGCGAUGCGGAGGUGCUGUGCCCGCUACCCCAGGGGCAGAUCCAUCUGCUGCUCAGGGUUCGAGAAAGAGGAGAGAGAGAGAGAAAAGCUGCAGGCCGCUUCAGAAGGAAUCCCCCCCACACAGCAGUAACACUCGGCAGCUCCAGCAGGUGCCAGAGCACGGACUCACCUGCAGAGCUCUUACUUGCUUUUAUUUUGCAGUCCUUCUGUAGACUUUCAGGAAAGCCAGAUCGCUCCCAGAACACACCGUCCCGUGCACCAAAACGUAAUAAUGCAGAACCAACAGCUGGCCUGGUUAACGGACUUUAUUUGCUCUACCAAAACAUUAUCUACCUUGUCUUAGCAUUGCACUUGUGUCUGUGAAAAGUCAACGUGGUGUUUCUAGAACGCUUAUCCUCCUCUAAUCCGUCCUCAGUGUCAACGUGCAGGGCUGGAACCAGGUUCUUUCCAACUUCUGGAGUGGGAGGUACAGGAAAUAUGCUCAAAAGAGUGAGUUUAAAUGUGACACACGAAAUGAUCAUCUUGACAUAGCAAAGGAAACGCUGCCAUCCUGCAGUAGUUUCAAACAUUCAGCUGUCUGCUGGUUGAAGCUCAAGAACGAGAAUCGGUUCUGGGGCUUGUCCCUAGUUCUGACACAGAUCCCGAGUGACUACAAGUCACUUUGCCUAAGUGCCUCUCCUUCCCACUGGAUAGGGUUCUGACUACUUUAUAUUGGGAUUGCCUAGACGCUGCUAUUUGCAUGACAAUAAAGACGUUACAGGAACAUUAUUUCAGGGAUUGCUACAGGAAUAGGAUUUUUAAAAGAGCAAUAUUCAUUUGGAAAAUCUGACUGUUGAUACAAAAACAGAUUUAUAAGUUUGUUACGUGUAACUGAGCACCUUUACGCAAUAUGCCACGAGCCCAGCAUAAUUCCACGCUCUGGUACCCAGAGCCCUGGGCUAGAUCCAAGAACGGAUUUAGGUGCCCUCACAGAACAAGGUCCAGGCACCCGCGUUCCACAGAGCGCUCCAGACUCCCACUUGCAGACAGACCGUGUCCGGGCCCCAAGGGAGGUGGCUUUUCAGAUGCUCUCCCUCAUGCAGCAGAAUUUCCUGUGACCUGUAGGCAGAGCUUGGUAGACAGGUUCCUGCAUCACCCUUCAGAGCUGCCUAAGUCUCUCCGUCCACUGUAGCAGGAGUCCAGGCACCUCAGUGGGUGCCAAGUCCAUUCCAGGGCCCAGACACCUCAACCACAGACUUUGAACCCACUAAGCUCCUAACUCUGUCAUUAGAUCUAGCCGUAAAGGACUUUUGUGCUGUGAUCAAGUACAAUUUAUUAAAUACAGCUUCUAUAAACAGACCACUGUAGUCUAGGCA